AUGCGUCGUCGCCGUGGAGCUGCUGGUGCUGGAGGUGCUGGAGGUGCUGCUGGUGCUGGAGGUGCUAGGGGUACUGGAGCUGCUGGUGCUACUGGUGCUGGAGGUGCUAGAGGUGCUGGAGCUGCUGGUGCUGGAGGUCCUGGAGGUGCUGCUGGUGAUGGAGGCCGUGGAGCUGCUGGUGCUGGAGGUGCUGGAGGUGCUGCUGGUGCUGGAGGUGCUAGGGGUACUGGAGCUGCUGGGGCUGGAGGUGCUGGAGGUGCUGGAGGUCCUGGUGGAGCUACUGGUGCCCUUCGCCACCUUCUCAGUCUUCAGCCAGGUGCUACUGGCUUCCCUGUGGCAGGUACUACUCUUCCGUUGCUGUGUCCACCGGCGGACCAGUCACAGCCGCCACUGCUACCACACUCCCCACUGCCUGCUCCUGCUCCUUACACUGCGGUGUCAGAGUCCCUGACUGAGCGUCGAGAGCCUGAGACUCGUGCUUCCACCCCUGAGCGUCGAGAGCCUGAGUCUAGCUUUGACCUUGAGCCUGAGCCUAGAGCUACUGUCCGUGCUCGUGUUCGUCGUCCGCGUGCUCCGGCUGUCCCCGACACUCACGAUAUGACACUCCGUCCUUCCUCUGUUCCUCAGCGUGUUGUCCUACCGUUACCUCCUGCGUCCUCUUUGCCUGACGUUGCUGACCCUCCGUCUGACCUUGCUCGUGCGUCCAGUCCGACUGUUACUCGCCUUCUUGCUACGGUUGUGACGGACCCUACGUUCUCGUCUCCUGCUGCGUCUGCCCUAGUAGCUGAGCUCGUUGACUUUGCUGCUGUGUACCGCCUAGACUACCUUGCGAGUCUUGUCUCUGACCCUGUCCCUGCCUGUCCUCCGUCCGUCGGGGGUGAGACUGCUCUUGGCUGUACUGCCCUUGGCUGUGACGUUCUUGAGGACAGACAGGAGGAGUUGGAGUGCCUUGCUGCCGCUUCACCCCAUCACGCGACCAUGCUGCUUGCCCCUGAAGGAGACCCGGAUGCACUUGACAUCCCCACCCCGCGCUCCUACAGGGAGGCGAUUUCGGGUGAGUACUCCUCUCAGUGGCAGACAGCCAUGGACGCAGAGAUGGCUUCCUGGAAGUCCACAGGCACCUACGUCGACGAGGUUCCCCCACCUGGGGCGAACAUCGUCAGUGGCAUGUGGAUUUUCAGGGUGAAGCGGCCGCCGGGUUCUCUGCCUGCCUUCAAGGCACGUUACGUUGCUCGAGGCUUCAGUCAGCGUGAGGGGGUCGACUUCUUUCAGACCUUCUCCCCCACCCCGAAGAUGACCACUCUUCGGGUGUUGCUACAUGUUGCAGCUCAGCGUGACUACGAGCUGCACUCCCUCGACUUCUCCACAACUUUCUUACAGGGUAGCCUUCACGAGGCCAUCUGGUUGCGGCGUCCACAGGGCUUCACUGGGUCGUUUCCUGAGGGUACCCAGUGGAGCCUACGGCGACCAGUGUACGGCCUGCGUCAGGCGCCCCGCGAGUGGCACGACACACUGAGGACGACACUUGCGGCUCUUGGGUUUGCUCCUUCGACUGCUGACCCGUCGCUGUUUCUACGCACCGACACUUCUCUGCCGCCGUUCUACAUCCUCGUAUCACCCGGGACAGAGCACGGCGCACCAUCACCCUGA